UUUCCAGAAGGGCUGCGAUCAUGAGGGGAGCCUUUAGGAGUGCGAGGUGGCCGCCUUCCCCGGAGAGCCAGCUCCUGCUGUGCUUUGUUUCAUCUUUUACUUCCAAGGAGCCACAGCUUCCUGCUGCUCCCAGGACAGAACUAGGGACAGGGCAGGCCCGGUGGGCCGCUGCUGGAGGCUCACCCAGCUCUGGGCUCAGAUGGCGACCCUCUCCUCCUGGGCCCUUAGAAGUGAUCUCACCCCACUGCUUCAUCCUUCAGUGGAGGAAAUGGAGGCCCCAAGCAGGGGCACUGGACCUCUCAAGAGCAGACGUCUGAGGGCCGUGUCUGGUCAGAGGUUUCCAUGGGGUCGGAGGCGACGGGAUUUGAGGAGGAAGAGGGAUACUCCUGGUUUUACGUCACCUGUGUCUGCGGCCGGAGGCAGCAUCCGAGGCGCUUCGCUCGGGGGUUUGGGGGCCGGAAAGUCUGCCUGGGUGUGUGGUUGGUGACUGUGGGCCGGUCCAAGGGCGCGGAGGGGGCGGGGUGGCCUGGGGACCACUGGCCGCUCCUGCCUGCUCCCCUCCCUCCCGAAGGAGCAGAGCCUGUUUCGGAGCAUCCCGUGCCCGCUGGAGCUGUGACGGAGGGCUCUUCCUUGCAGAGGACGGAGAGGCCGUGAGCAGCUCGUACGAGUCCUACGACGAGGACGAAAGCAGCAAGGGCAAGUCGGCCCCCUACCAGUGGCCCUCGCCCGAGGCCAGCAUCGAGCUGAUGGGCGACGCCCGCAUCUGUGCUUUCCUGUGGCGCAAGAAGUGGCUGGGCCAGUGGGCCAAGCAGCUCUGCGUGAUCAAGGACACCAGGCUCCUGUCCUCCAAGGACCGCAGUCCUCAGCUGGACGUGAACCUGCUGGGCAGCAGUGUGGUGCACAAGGAGAAGCUAGUGUGGAAGAAGGAGCACAAGCUGAAGAUCACGCUGAUGAACGCCGAUGUGAUCGUGCUGGGCCUGCAGAGCAGGGACCAAGCCGAGCAGCGGCUCAGGGUCAUCCAGGAGGUGAGUGGCCUGCCUUCUGAAGGAGCUUGUGAGGGAAGCCAGUACACCCCAGAUGCCCAGCGCCUGAGUUGUCCGAAACCAGAUAUAACUGAGAAGUACCUGUCAGCCUCGGAGUAUGGAAGCUCCAUAGAUGGCCACCCUGAGGUCCCAGAGACCAAAGAUGUCAAGAAGAAAUGUUCUGCUGGCCUCAAACUGAGCAACCUAAUGAACCUGGGCAGGAAGAAAUCUGCCUCGCUGGAGCCUCCGGAAAGGUCCCUCGAGACAUCCAGUAAGAUUCAACAGCUGCCUCCUGGGCCAGAGGAGAUGGAUGGCUUCCUGGACCUGGGCCGCCAAGGCCGGGCGGGAGCUAAACGGGCUGGGAUGGACCCCGCGGGCAGGAGCAAAGACUCUGAGAGGGCGCUGGGUGGGCUGGAGGAACAGGAAGGCAGCAGCAGACAGGGCCCUACCUUUGGAGCCUCCUGGUUCUCGGGCCAGGGUGCCGGGCCGACAGAGCAGGGAGGGCAGGACCCAGGAGGGCCAGCCACCUCUGGGAGGUGGGAGUUCUCAGAGCCGAACACUUACAUUGAUGGCCUGUCCAGCCAGGAUCACCAGGAGCUGCUGUAUGAUGAUGUGGAGGUGUCGGAGCUGACGGCUGUGGGGGAGGCCCCUGAGGAAGCUGUUCCUGCGACAGAUGCUCCGAGUGAGCCUGACCCCGACCGCGUAUACCUGGACCUCACGCCCAUCAAGUCCUUCCUGCACGGCACUGGCGGUGCACAGGCCCGGGCCCCCUCACCCACGCUGCCCCAGCCGGACCCUCCGGCCAAGGCCCUCCCUGCAGACCUGAACCCCACCCCCGAUGAGCCCCUCGUAAAGUCUCCAGAGAACCCCGAGUUGCAGCAGAUGCAGCAGGAGAGUCAGGAACCUGAGGAGCCUUCCCUGGGAAUCAGCAAAAUCCAGACUGAACAGCAGAAGAUCUCCUUCCCACCGAGCUGCCCUGACACUGUGCCCGUCGCCCCAGCCGGGGCCAGCCGACCUGUGAAAGACAGGUUGAAGGCAACCAACACAGAAGCCGAGGUGAACAAGAACAGGACAGAAGCCGAGGUGAAACGGUACACAGAGGAGAGGCUUGAGAAGGAGGAGGAAGAAAUCCGGGGGCACCUGGCUCAGCUCCGGAGGGAGAAAUGGGAGUUGAGGGAGACCCUGUUGAAGUGUACAGACAAGGGGGCAGCGGCCAGCCCGGAGGAGAAGCCGAAGGAGGUCGAGGAGGAGUGCCGGGUGGAGGAGCGCAGGCGCGUGGACCUGGAGCUCAGCAUCGUGGAGGUGAAGGACAGCCUGAAGAAGGCCGAGGCUGGGCCCGUGAUGCUGGGCACGACUGUAGACACCACCCACCUGGAGAACGUGAGCACCCGACCCAAAGCUGCCACCCCGACUCCUGCCCCGGACUGCACCCCAGUCAACUGCGCUCAAGAACAGGCCUCUGUCGGUCAUGGUCCCGGGCAAAGGCGCCGUCCUCCAGAAAGCCAAGGAAUGGGAGAAGAAAGGAGCAAGUUAGGAAACAAACUUCAUCUAGAGACUCUCCUGUCAAUAUGGACCUUGGUGACAAUCCUGCUUCGUUACAGUCAUUAAAGCAGCAACUCUGUAAAAGGGUGAGUCUGUUUACAAGAAAAAGGAAGGACUGGGGUUCUGUGAAUGGAAAACUUCAGGUAAGAGGAGGCUCUGUCCCUUUGCAGAGCCAAAGAAAAUAAUACGACAACAACAACAAAAAAGACAUUUUUGGAGACCUAAGUCUGUUGGUUGUAAACAUUAC